CUGCAGUCUCCUGCAUUUGGGUCCACCUGCUCUGUUCCACCUAACAGGAUAUAGCCUACUGAAAAAGCGCCAGGACUUGUAGGAAAGUUCUUCUUUCUUCUUUGAUUCCCAAAGAAAUCACAGCUUAUCCUCAAAUCUAAGAAGCCUCAGGAUGAUGGUUUGCGGCUUACUGCUGUCGUCUCAUCUUGGGCUGACCUGAGAAUUGACUGAGCAUCGAUAGCUGACUGAAGCUGGAAGUUCAAGUUGGAUGCGACACCAGAGCUACAAGGACACGAGCUCUACUUUAUCACAGAGAUGAAUCGGUUUCUGUGCCUGCUGGCUGCAGGUCUUUACCUGUGUUUGCAAUGCCAAGUGAACGCUGAUUCUCGUUUGAGCCGGAGUGUCAUUGAAAGGGCUGUGAUGGCGGCCAAGGCCAAUGUGGACUCAGCCUAUGAAUACUCUCGGAGAGAGAGCAUUGACCGUCUGAGGAGGAGUGUAGCGAAUCCUUCAGACAUCCUGCGGCUGUUGAAGCAACCUGUUGGACCCAGUCGUGACGCUGUGCGUGCUGCUGACUAUAUGGAUAAUGCUGUGAAACUGAUCAAGAGGUCUUUGGAAAAACGCCAAAAGCGCUCCAUCAAUGCCACAGAUCUGAUCUCUGAGGAGGAUCUGCAGGUCAUUGCUGAUCUGACAGGCUGCUCUCCCCGACAUCGCGUCCCCUCUUGCAAGACGACUCCCAAUUUAAACAGGUUUCGCACUGCGAGCAGCGUCUGCAACAACAGGGCAAACACCCGCUGGGGAUCUUCCAACACACCGUUCACCCGCUGGCUGCCUGCUGAGUACCAAGAUAAAAUCUCGCUGCCUAAAGGCUGGGAUCGUGACCUCAAAAUCAACAAUCAUAUUCUUCCUUUGGUGAGGGAAGUGUCCAACCGCAUUUUGAGCACAGCCAACACUGACGUGGAGAACGACCCACUAUACACUCACCUGGUGACAAUCUUCGGCCAAUGGACUGACCACGAUCUGACCUUCACUCCUCAUUCUCCUGUCAUCCGCUCAUUCAGUAAUGGUAUCAACUGUGACGAGAGCUGUGAUCGCACAGAGCCCUGCUUCCCCAUCGAGUUUCCCAAGGGAGAUCCCCGCUUUGGCAGAAACUCAGAAGAGUGCAUGCCCUUCUUUCGCUCAGCAGCGGGUUGCGGAUCUGGCAACACGGGCCACAUCUUUGGUGCAAGCAAUGUCCGUCAGCAGAUGAACACUCUCACAGCUUUCAUUGAUGCGAGUCAGGUGUACGGCUCAGACGAUGCCAAAGCUCGCUUGCUCCGGAACCUCACUACAGAUGAGGGCCUGUUGAGGGUCAACACAGAGUAUACUGACAACAGCCGUGAGCUCCUGCCCUUCACCAGCAUGGGAGCCAAUAUGUGUGCAACUCGACGCAGCAUUACUAAUGACAGUAAUGCCGAGGAGGUGCAGUGCUUUCUAGCUGGUGACGAGCGCACCAAUGAGAACAUUGCUCUGACCUCUUUACACACACUGUUGAUGCGAGAGCACAAUCGUCUGGCACGUGCUCUGGCCAAACUCAAUCCUCAUUGGAACGGAGAGAGACUCUACCAGGAGGCGCGCAAGAUCAUGGGAGGAUACUUCCAGGUUAUUACUUUCAGAGAUUACUUGCUCCACAUUGUUGGUCCAGACUUCAUUUCCAGGCAGCUGUCCACCUACCCUGGUUAUAAUGAAACCGUGGACCCCAGCAUCUCCAAUGUGUUCGCCACAGCUGCCUAUCGAUUCGCUCACCUAAUGAUUCAGCCCUUCAUGUUCCGUCUUGAUGAGCAGUACAAGGAGCACCGUGAAUUCCCCAGCCCAUUGCUGCACAGAGCCUUCUUCACACCAUGGAGGAUCCUUUUUGAGGGUGGUUUGGACCCAAUCCUGAGAGGGCUGGUGGGUCGCCAGGCCAAACUGAACACUCAGGAUCAAAUGAUGCCUGAUGAGCUGAGAGAAAGGCUGUUUCAAUUCUCUGCUCAUUUGGCACUGGAUCUGGCUGCUCUGAAUCUGCAGAGAGGCAGGGACCAUGGACUCCCUGGCUACAACAAAUGGCGCAAGUUCUGCGGGCUGUCAGAACUACAAAAUGAGGAAGACCUGGCUGAGGUGAUGAACAACACUGAGCUGGCCAGGAACCUGCUGGAUCUCUAUGGCCACCCUGACAACAUUGACGUGUGGCUGGCAGGAGUCGCAGAGCCUUUUGUUCGUGGAGGAAGAGUGGGACCCCUGUUCGCCUGCCUGAUUGCCACUCAGUUCCAGAAGAUCCGAGAGGGAGACCGACUUUGGUGGGAGAACGAGAGAGUCUUCACUGAAGCCCAGAGAGAGUCUCUGAGGGACACAUCACUUGCCCGCAUCAUCUGUGACAACACUGGUAUCACUGAAGUACCAAGAACACCUUUCCAAUACCGGCCCAGAGGGUCUGGUUACACCCAGUGCAGUGACAUCCCUGCCUUUGACCUCAGUCCAUGGAGAGAGGAUGAAGAAAGCUCAGGUGAAACCCAGGGACCAGCAGGACCAAGAGGACCCCGAGGACCCCGAGGUCUGAGAGGCCCCCCUGGACCUCCUGGCACUGUGGAGAAAGUGGCCUUCACUGUUCGACUGGGCAACAACUUCCCCAAAGCUGGAGUUCCCAUCAUCUUCCGCGAUGUCAUCUACAACGGACAGAACGACUAUGACAUUAAGACCGGGAUUUUCACCUGUGAGCAUCCAGGCAUCUAUGAAUUUCAGUUCCACUGCACGAUCUUUCAGAACGCUGCCAGUGUGGAUCUGAUGCGAAACGGAGAUCGGGUCCUUCAUUCAUUCACCACCCGGCAGAAAGGUUACAUCACAGCCAGUGGCAGCACAUACAUAAAGCUAGAGAAGGGAGACAAGGUCUGGCUGGUGGCUAAUCAUGGCGGUAAUGGUCUGACCAAAGACAGCUUCUUCUCAGGGCAUCUGCUGUUCACUGAGUAGGAGAACAGUCUUGACACUGCUGCCGCUGACCCACACAACAUCGUCAACACAAUGCAAAAAACAUCUGUUUUUGCAAGUUAUUUAGUGUAAAAUGCAACCUUAAACAUUUCUAUGACACCCUUAACGUUUGCUGAGAAGGUGAAAUAAUUCCACUUGUUUCCAGUGCAAUUUCCUGCAAUGCACCAGUAUUAAAGGUCCUGGAGACCACGCAGGUAUUCACAGUUACACAGACCUCCUCUUCAUCUAAGCAGAGCUGUGCUUAGAGUUACCUGAAGUCACCAAUCUCUAUUGAGAAUUAUAAAUGGGGGAGUUGCUGUGCCUUAAAGGCUGCAAUGAACUAACACAGAGAGUCAUGGUUGCAAUGAAAGACAAAAUAAUAUAACAUGAUAAUAACUAUUAGAAUGGAUAUUUUUUGCAGUGAACCUUGUUGACAGAAAAGCACAAUGUUCAAAACCCUGUGGCAUGAUUUGACUGUAUCAAAGCUUUGCACUGAAUGAAGUAGAAGUACCUGCAUUUGUAAUGCAAAGGAAGGAGCCAAGCUUUUAUAUUCUUUUUUAAAAUUAACUACUGAAAAUCAAUGUGAUACCUCUGAGUACUACUUACGACCGUGUGAUGUUUUCUCCUCUUCUUGCGAAUUAAUCAUCAUUUUGUCUCAUAAAAUUGUCUUUACCUCUUUUCUUUAGAGAUCUGUACCUUUUUACAGCCUAUGUUUGGCAAAUGAAAGCGAAAAAUCAGGUUAUCUUUCAAUAAGCUAAAAUUGCAAAAGCUGCAUUUGAGAAAUGAUUUGUUUGGAAUACAUUUUUGUUUGUCCAAAGUAUAAGUGUAAG